GCUGUCGAGCCGGUAUUGGCUGUCAUGGCGCUUCCGCACUCGCCAGAGUUUGCGAUGCCCUCUUGUUAUGAAUCCUAGUCCGUCGUUACUUUCCACCCGUAUUAAAAUUUUUGUCACUUUCAUAAGGUGAUGACAUGGGAGGCGUGCCAUCUAUUCCUCGCUUCUCACGAUCAUCCGAUGGGCUGCUCUGCAAUCCCUGAAAAGAUUGUUCCAUGGACCACAUACAUGUUUUUUUAACAAUUCUACCGGGUAGGAAGAAGCCACGGUGCGAACGAUUCGCACGCCCGUGCGUUUGUGCCUCCGCAGUACUACGGCAUGACGCAGUCAAUAGUCGUACAAGUCGGCCAGUGCGGGAAUCAGAUCGGCUGUCGAUUCUGGGACCUAGUGCUGCGCGAACACAUGCUGCUCGAAGAUCGAAGCACCACCGACACGGCCGUAUGGAAUUUUUUUCGCAUGGCACAGAAUGGCAAAGACGAGCUAAGGGCCAGGGCGGUCAUGGUAGACAUGGAGGAGGGUGUGAUUAAUUCCAUCCGGCGAACGCGUCUUGGAGGUAUGCUGAGCAACCAUCAGUUUGUGACAGACGUCUCUGGCUCUGGAAAUAACUGGGCUGUUGGCUUUCACGAGUACGGCGCAAAAUAUCGGGAAAAAAUAGCAGAACACAUCAGAAAGGAAGCCGAACAUUGUAGUUGUCUACAGACGUUUUUCCUCCUCCACUCCCUGGGUGGUGGUACUGGUUCUGGCUUGGGAACUGCUGUUCUUGAAAUGCUAAGCGAAGAAUUUCCCAAGGUCUUUAGGUUCUGCGUACCGGUGCUCCCCUCUGCCGUGGACGACGUUGUGACGUCUCCAUACAACACAGUAUUUGCCCUUGAGAAGAUUGCACGGUUUGCAAACUUUUCCUGUCCAGCCGAAAAUGAGGCACUGAUUGGUAUCUGUGAUCGUGUCGCCAAAGGUGGGGCAAGUAUUAAGCAGACUAUUGCAAGUAGUGCAAGCAGCAUCCUAGGACAGAAAGCGAGACCUUUCGAUCAAAUGAACAACAUUGUGGCCAACCUCUUGAUCCAUAUGACAAGUUCGGCACGUUUUUCGGGCUCGCUCAACGUGGACAUGAACGAUGUUUGCACCAACCUGGUGCCUUAUCCCAAGCUGCAUUUCCUGGUGUCCAGCAUCACACCACUGUACUCGCUUCUGGAUGUCAACCUACCAGCUCGCAGGCUGGACCAGAUGUUCACGGAUGCACUGAGCCCAAACCACCAGCUAGUGCAGUGUGACAUCAGGAAAGGAACCAUGCUGUCCUGCGCCCUUCUGGCUAGAGGUGAUGUCUGCAUGGCUGACAUGCGCAGGAACCUUGAGAGAUUGCGAGGAGGCCUCAAGUUUGUUCACUGGAACCAGGAUGGCUGGAAGACAGGCCUGUGCUCUGCAGCGCCAGUGCAGCAACCGUACUCCCUGCUGACCCUUUGCAACACCAGCUCCUUCCAUCGUGUUCUAUGCCGACUCAGGUCGGGAUUCCUCAAGCUGUACAAUCGCAAGGCACACAUGCACCACUUCCUACAAGUGCCUUCCAUGGAGGAAUCUCACUUCCAAGAGGCCCUGGCUAGCUUAGCCGAACUGUCAGCUUCGUACCGAUCCAUGGAAGGCACCGACUUCAGCAAGCUAGCUAUUCCCAGGAUCAAAGUUUCACUGUAAACCUAAACGUGCCUUUAUAGUAGCAGUACUGAGCAGUUUAGUUGGGUGCCAAGGAUUUUAUACUGCUAGUACUUGCGUUUUUAUACCAUUGCCAUCUCUCGUGCAAUACCUAUUGACCAUCAUUGAUUGAAAUCAAAACAAAUUUACACCUAAGGUCGUCAUUUUUCAAAUGCGUGCUUGUUUGUAUUGACAUCACGCACACGUU